AUGGGAAACAUUGGCUUCCUCCUCCCUCUUAUGGUAUUUGUGGUGGUGUUGCGCAACUUUGUGGUUAAUUUGUCAGCGGAAUCACCCAACACCACCAUUGACCUGUUGGCUCUUCUUGCACUAAAAGCCCAUGUCACCCAUGACCCUCAAAACCUAUUGGCAACCAACUGGAUUAGUGCUACCUCUGUUUGCAACUGGAUUGGGGUCACUUGCGGAUCCCAUUAUCAAAGAGUCACCGCUCUUAAUCUUUCUCACAUGGGUCUUAUAGGCACCAUCCCACCUCACUUGGGAAAUCUAUAUUUUCUUUCGAAGCUUGACAUCCGGUUUAAUCAUUUUCGUGGCUCAUUGCCCAUGGAGUUGGCUAAUUUGUCUUCACUGAAACAUAUAAACUUUGGUCACAACAACAUUCGUGGAGAAAUCCCGUCAUGGUUUGAUUCCUUCACUCAACUUCAAAGCUUGUUUCUGCACCAUAACAACUUCUCUGGUCUUAUCCCAUUUUCAUUGGGCUUUUUGUCAAACCUGGAGAAGUUGAUCUUGUAUGACAAUGAUUUGAAGGGGCAGAUUCCUAUAGCAAUUGGGAAACUUUCCAACUUGAAAAGGUUAAAUUUGGACAAAAAACAGCUUUCAGGUCAAAUUCCAUCGGCUCUAUUCAAGUGCAGAGCGUUAGAAUUCUUAUCUUUAUCUUACAAUGCUUUGGAGGGAAGUGUGCCUCAAGAAGUCGGGAAUUUGACUAGACUGAAACAUUUGUAUCUCGAUAGUAACAACUUAACAGGUCAACUUCCGAUGGCUUUAUUCAAGUGCCAACAAUUAGAAGAUUUAUAUUUAUCUCAAAAUGCCUUGGAGGGAAGUGUGUCUCAAGAAAUUGGGAAUUUGACUAGAUUAAGACAGUUUUAUCUCUUUGAUAACAAGCUAACAGGUAUUGUGCCUCAAGAAAUCAGAAAUUUGACUAAAUUAGGGUGGUUGCACCUUGAUCAUAACAACCUAACAGGUAAACUUCCUUCAGCUCUAUUCAAGUGCCAAGAGCUAGAAAGUUUAUGGUUAUCUAAUAAUGCCUUGGAGGGAAGUGUGCCUCAAGAAAUCAGGAAUUUAACUAGAUUAAGAUGGUUGUAUCUCGAUAAUAACAACCUAACAGGUGAAAUUCCAUCAACAAUCAGAUUCUUGCCUUUUCUUGAGCAUCUUGAUUUGAACUCCAACAACUUAACAGGUCGCCUUCCAGCUCUACCACCUUCAUUGUUUGGCUUAAGCAUUUUAGACAACAAUUUAAUUGGAGAAAUCCCUUCAUCAAUUUGCAAUAUGAGUUCACUACAAUAUUAUCUCAUUUUGUCAAAGAAAAAUUUACGUGGGAUUAUUCCAGAAUGUCUUGGAAACAUAAGUUACUCUCUUGACUUCAUGGAUCUAAGCAUGAAUAGUUUUCAUGGCAAAAUACUUGGAAAUUUUCGUAGAAGUUGUUUGUUGAGAAGUUUUUGCAUCAAUUACAACCAGCUAGAAGGGUCAUUACCACGCUCUUUGGUUAAUUGCUCGAAGUUGGAAGUUUUAGAUGUAGGGAACAACAACAUAAAAGAUACAUUUCCGAAUUGGUUAGGAAAUUUGGAUCUACAAGUGCUUGUCUUGCGAGGUAAUAAAUUCUAUGGCCACCUUGAUGACUUUGAAGGUAGAUUUUCCUUUUCUCAUUUGAGAAUCAUCGAUCUUUCUCACAAUGACUUCAAUGGUCAUUUGCCAUCGAAAUAUUUUGAAAGUUUGCAUGCUAUAAGAAGUGGGAGUGAAAACAAAGCUGACUUAAAGUACAUGAUGAGUAACGCGAGGAGCCAUUAUUUUGAAUCUUUUUUCAUUACAACAAAAGGUUUAGAAAUGCAAUUUAGGAGAAUUUUAAUCCCUUUGACGGUUAUUGACUUUUCAAAUAAUGAAUUUAAUGGAAAGAUUCUUGAAACACUUGGAGAACUUCAUUGGCUUAUAGUCCUCAACCUUUCUCACAAUAGUUUAAUGGGUCAUAUCCCAUUAUUGUUAGGAAAUUUGUCAGCACUUGAAUCAUUAGAUCUCUCAUCUAACAAGCUUGAAGGAAAAAUUCCAGCACAAUUAGUAAACCUUAUAUUCUUAGAGGUACUAAAUCUUUCUUGGAAUAAUUUAAUGGGACUCAUUCCUCGAGGCAAACAGUUCGAUACUUUCACAAAUGAGUCCUACAUUGGAAAUUGGGGUUUAUGUGGGCUUCCUUUAUCAAAAGAAUGUAGUAACGAAAGGAAUUUGGAGCCACAACCAACAAAGUUUGAUGAAGAUAGCGAUUCUGUGAAUUGGAAAUUUUCUAUAUUGAUGGGGUAUGGAUGUGGACUGGUUUGUGGAUUAAGCAUGGGAUACAUUGUGUUCACAACCGGACAACCAUGGUGGUUGGUUAGCAUCAUUGAGAGAGGUCAACAAAAAUAUGUUAUUAGAGGGAAAAUCCGCAGAAGUGGAGGAAGAAAAUAA